UUUGUAUGCCCUCUAAUAUAUCAUCCAAAUUAUCAUUAACGUGGAAGUAUUAAUGAAUUUCUUUUCUUUUCCUCAGAAAGCCGAGCCAUUCCAUAAUUUUUUUUCGAAUGUGAAUUCUCUGACAUAGUAUUAUCUUACUUACAGGGCCUCCAAUGCGUCAUGGACAAAAUGAACGCAUGGUAAUGCCUGAACCUUCAAUGUUUGUUUUCUGCGGGAGACGGAAAGUUUAAUUGUUGCUGUAAUGGAAAAGUUUCAAAUAAAUUCGUAAAAACUAUAUUUUUGUUUCUGGUUCUCUUCGUCGUAAUGAAGGGCAUUGGCAGAGUAGUGCUGAAAUCGAACAGUUUGCCCUCUCACUGUCCAAUCUGGAGUGCCCCAUUUUCAUCCGGGGCUGGCAGAGGUCGAGGGGCCCCCUUUCCCUCGCACAGAAUCAUUGGCAAACCGCCUGAUGAGAAAACAGAAGAUGAAUUUUCACAGUCCCCAUUACCUGCUGGAAGAGGCGGCGGAUCAGCAUUGCCUUCUCAGGCCAGAAGGCUCGCCCCUGCUAGCGGCCAUGGCAGAGGGCGAGGAGAAACGGAGGAUUUAAACGAAGCAUCCCCACAAACACCGUUUAGAUCAUGGCAGGAGGAUCCCACCAUCGGCCUAGCUGCGGGCAGAGGUCGAGGAAUAACUUUGAAGCCGCCGCCUGUAUCAGAAAUGCCACAACGGCAGCCGACAGAACCAGCCAUAAAGCCUCCUUUGGCGGCAGGAGGAGGAGAGGACAAGGAACCAGCCAUAAAGCCUCCUUUGGCGGCAGUAGGAGGAGAGGACAAGGAACCAGCCAUAAAGCCUCCGCUGGCGGCAGUAGGAGGAGAGGACAAGGAUGGGCUUUACGAGCGGUCGACGGAACGGACUGUAAAGCCUUCGUGGCCACAACAGGUAGAGCAGACAGAUGAGCUUUACAGCCGUCCAACACAACCGCCCAUUAAGCCAAUCUUUAUGAAACGGGCAGUAGAGCCUUCAAAGCCCUGGGAACCCUACGGGCGAGGGGUGCCUGCACAACAAGCCCUAGGUGGGCCACGCGCGCCCAUAGGCGAAGAAAACCGCCAUGCUCGGCCUGAAAGAGGGGCGAUUUCGGGCAUGGGGCGUCAGGCCUUUAGACGGCCCGCAGCACCCGCAUCGACAGUUCAGAGGCUAACUGGCGAUGACGCUGUGAAGCAAGCUUUGGAUAUUUUGAAGAAGCGGGCUGAGGUAACGGGGAUUACGGAGGGCCCUGGGGAUAUGAGGGGCAGGGGUGGAGGCAGAGGCAGAGGCAGAGGUAGAGGCAGAGGUCGUGGACGAGGAAGAGGCGAUAAGGAGCCGCCUGAGGGGGAAGAUGAACCGGAGGACAUGCUUGCUGGCGACGAUGCAGUGGGAGAGCGUUUUAUGAAAAGAAUUGGGGAGGAUAAGUGGAAGGAGAUUGAAGAGCUUAUCGAGGACGUUUCCUCGGAUGUUCUUCCACCAGAAUCAGAUGAGGAUGAUUACGUAGAGGCUCUCCACACCAAUUUAUCGUUGGAGUUUGAACCUGAAUAUUAUAUGGAGGACUUUGGAACAAAUCCAGAUAUUGAUGAGAAGCCUCCUAUUUCUCUUAGAGAUUACUUAGUGCAAAUGAAACCUCUUUUGGUGACAGCAGAGGGAAUUGAGAGUGAGGAAGAAUGGGAGGCAUUUCUGGAGGAUACAAUGAGGAGCGCUCCGUAUUUGAGGGAGCUUCUACAUUGUUAUAGUGGUUAUGGCAGAUUGAGUGCUCGAGAAGAACAAGCACAUCUGAAGAGGCUUGCAAAUUACAUUCCUGAUAAUGCACAUCAGUCUGUGAAAAACUUCACAGAGCGUGCUCUUUUAUCCCUUCAGAGCAAUCCUGGAUGGGGUUUUGAGAAGAAAUAUUUAUUCACGAGAAAGUUAGUUGAGGAUGUUGCUCAGCAUUACAAAGAAAAACAGAAAAGGUGAAUAGCAAUUGUCUUGAAGACAACUUUGUAACUUGGCAUACCCCAAGAAAACAAGAUAUAUGAUUUGGGUGUUAUCCAUUAGAGUUGCAGAAGUUACAAGGACAUCUAAAAAGUUUUCAUGGCAAGUGUAUAUGAACUCAUUCUUCUCUUUUUUGAGGCCUUUUAGUUUUUUCCAUGAGAGAAGUUUAUCUGCCUGAUCAGACUUGAAAAAUUUUGGGGUGUGCCCCCCAUCCAGAAAUUUAGUUGUCUUAGCAUGGUUGUUGGCUUUGCAGGAAAAUAAAAAAUUGUUAUUCCUUAAUUUAUGAGGAGACUAGAGGUGUUUAUUUUGUGAUGAGUAUGGAAAGUUGAGAAGUUUCUAAUUUGUUACGGCCACCAUACGUGUUAUGUUAUUGUAUUCACAAAAUUGUAAUGGAAUAAAUGUUGGAAAAUAUUCAAAUAAAGGCUUUAGGAUGCCUUACAGUA